AGUGAUUGAGUCAAGUUCGCUUUACGUCAUUAAAAGCUACUGCCACUGUGUUUCAGGUUCGCACAUGUGGCGUUACAAAAUAUAAUAUAAUCAUGGAGCUUUGAGCCUUCGUUACAUCGCAUGGACUUUAUACAGGAAAGAGACUUUAUUCAUUGACGUACGUUAUCGCGUGAAGUGGCGUUAUGUCUGGGGUGGCAAAUAAGGCGUUUACUGCAGAGGAGGAACCGUGCAAGCAGUUCGAUGAAAAUAGCUUACAAAUUCCACUGGAAGAGAAGGAGACAGAAAUAUGCAGUGCAGAAAAUGGAUCAGACAAACGUACCAAUGUCGAGGAUGAUAAAAUGGCAGAGUUAAACGCUGGUUGUUUUGCAACAGGACGCAACGCCAUAGGAGCCAUAUUUUCGAAGCACCCCAAGAUUUUCAAAUUCGUAUGGGUUUUAGUGCUAAAUUUGGCGGUGUUUGUAUACUUCGGUUUUGCUACUAGAUACUGGUGGGUCACAUAUGGAUCGCUAUCUGGCCAAUGGUGUGAGGGCUACGGCUUGCUGAUAAUUUUGUUAGUGAUUAUUUACGGAAGUUUCUUAUAUGCCUAUGUCAUAAGGAGAUAUUUUGGAAGAAGAAUCGCAAAAUGUUUCAAACCUCUUGGACGAUGCUGGAAAAGUUUUACUUCAAUCAAAUGCGUCGAAAGAUUUGGAAGUACAGUGUUCUACUUGGUCAUAUUAUUAGCUGCACUAGUAUUCAUGGUUAUCGAUACCGUCGAUUCCCGUGAUCGGUUGAUCAGUCUACUGGGAGUCUUCGUACUUCUUGGAUUGGGUUUCAUCUUUUCCAAGCAUCCAGCAUAUAUAAACUGGACGCCGGUAAUUUGGGGCAUCAUUCUUCAAUUUUGCUUUGGACUGUUCACAAUAAGAUGGUCGGUGGGCAGAGCGAUUUUCCAAUGCAUUUCCGACAAAAUGGCAACUUUUUUAAACUACACAGUGGAGGGUGCAACUUUUGUAUUUUCGGAAACCUUAGUUAGCACCUAUAUAGUGUUUGCAUUUGCCAGUCUUCCCGUCAUCUUCUUCUUCAGCUUUUUCAUCCAGAUUCUGUACUACCUUGGCACAAUGCAAUGGGUGGUCAUGAAACUAGGAGGACUUCUGCAGUCUGUCAUGGGAACGACGGUCUGCGAAUCGACCACUGCUGUUGCUAAUAUAUUUCUGAGCAUGUCAGAGUCGCCACUUCUGAUCAAGCCAUACAUUAGUAGUUUGACCUCUUCGGAAAUACACACCGUCAUGGCGUCGGGUUUUGCUACUGUCUCCGGAACUGUCCUGGCUGCCUAUAUCAGAUUUGGAGCUCAACCUGCUCAUCUAAUUACUGCCUCAGUGAUGUCAGCUCCUGCAGCACUGUGCUACUCCAAAUUGUUCUACCCGGAGACAGAGAGGAGUAAAACAACUCGACAGAACAUCGAGUUGAAGGCAUCCGAGGAUACCAGUAUCUUGGACGCCGCUUCGAAGGGUGCAAAUGUAGGAAUAGCAAUAUACCUAGGCGUUAUAGCAAACAUUGUGGCGUUUGUUUCGGCAGUCGCUUUUCUAAACGGCAUAGUUUCCUGGCUGGGAGAAUUGGUCGGCUAUGAAGAGAUAAACUUCGAGUGGUUCCUCUCGAAAAUUUUCAUACCAUUAAGUUGGGUCAUGGGAGUGCCAUGGGACGAGUGUGAAGCCGUUGCAACAUUGAUUGGAUUGAAAACUGUCGUCAACGAGUUUGUCGCCUACGAAAGAAUGGGAGAGUACAAAGCUCAGAAUAUGCUCUCGCCAAGAACCGAAGCUAUCGCAACAUACGCAAUUUGCGGUUUUUCAAAUCCCGGAUCAGUCGGCAUCAUGAUCGGAGCUCUUGCUUCCAUGGCGCCGGAGAAAAGGGCGCAGAUUUCUAGCGUGGCUAUACGUGCUUUUAUCACUGGAAGCGCGGUGUGCUUCAUGACCGCUUGCAUCGCUGGUAUGCUAAUGACGGACGAUUUUUAUACAACAAUUUCAUCCAGUACCAAUUCUACCAGCUAAUAACAAUUGUCAUCAAGAAAUACAUGGACAGGAAGAAAUUAUUAUUUUAAUUUUAUAAGCAACAUCACAGUUUAUUAAGUACGACAUUUAUCAUUUUAUCGUUACUUGGCAAAACAAUUUUUGGUACUUAUAAUCAUGCAUUAUAUAGCGAAUUACUCGUAUAAAUGCGAUGCUAGUGUGCGCGUAUGUGUAUUUUUGAACUUGUGAGGAUAUGAGUUUUUCCUCUUGCGACGACCACACACUUUUGUUUGGUGGAUGUUGGUAGCAUGACAUACUUUAGCAUCUAGUAAUUAUGUUGUCACCCUGUGAUGCUUAGUUAAAUAUUUUGAUCGGUAAUGAAUGUUGUUCGAAUCUACUGUUCUCAAAAAAAAAAAAAAUAUUGCAUUAUCAUCUGUAAAUUUAAAUUCUGCUGAGAAUUUAUGAAACUAGCACUUUUGAAUACACACUACCGGAAUUAAGAUUUUCGCAAAACAAAAAAUAAAAACUGUACCAAACUUCGGAUCAAGUUAUUUGAACAAUUCCGAAAUCCUCAGAAAACUAAUAAAACUGUCUUUGAUGUUUUGUUGAAGUAUCCACGCAAAUGGAAUGGCAUUUUGACUUCUGUCAUUCAGAGCAUUACUUCUAAUUCUGUUUUACAACAAGACAGAGUACUUUGUUUCAAGAUAAGAUAACGGUAUCCUUAAUAUCAUGAUAAAAAUGCUUAUAUCAGUGCGAUAACCAUAUGACAGCAGCGGUAAAACAAGGGUUAAUGUGAUUUACAUUUAAUUAUACACGUCAUUGUGCGAUACAAACAGCAAAUUUUUUUUAUCGCCGCAGAACCAAUUAUAUGCGCAUUUGGCUUUGUACUAUUUUUCAGUUAGUGAAAGUCUUGAGCUAGAUAUUUGAUGCAGAUGAACUUACGUUAAUGUAGGUAUAUGUGUAUGUGUCAUCAUUUUUUUUUUUUUAUUUCCUUUCCAAAUUUCAUACAGAAUAAUAUCACAAAAGGAAUGUUUCCACUUUGUAUUGAAAAUCAACUGCAAUAAAUCAUUGGCAAGGAAGGCAAAGUGGCGCAUUUGAAUAUUGUAAU